AAAUGUUUAAAAAUUUAUUAAGAAUAGGAGUCAGUCUUUCAUUAUUUAAUUCAACCUAUGUUUUAUGUAAGUAAAUAAAGGAUGAAAAAUUGCCUCAUUAUCAUUUUCUUAAUGACUAAGAUUUAAAUAAAUUAUUAAAGAAACAUCAGAACUUAUCAAUAAUUGAUAGAACAUACACUGAACAUAUAUUAUCUAUAAUAAGAGAUGUAGAGACUGAUACAGUGGUAAUGUGAUAAAUAAAGGUUAGGAAUUCCGAAAAAGUUCAGAUCGAUUAAUUAGAAUACUAAUUGAAUAGGCAAUAUCUUAAAUUGAAAAGAAAAAACAUGUGAAAUAAUCGCCUUUAGGAUAUUAUGAUGCUCAUGAAGUAAAAUUUGAAGAUGAAGAGUAAAAUAUAUACAAUUAUUAGAAUAUGUUUUGUAAGUAUUUUAAGAUCAGGGAAUGCUUUUUUAUUUGAAGGGUUAAAAGCAGUAUCAGGAGCAUCAAUAGGAUAAAUUUUGAUAUAAAGAAAUGAAGAUACAGCUUUGCCUUCAUAUUUAUUUUAGAAGCUACCAUCAAAUAUAAAGGAUUAAUAAGUUAUAUUGAUGGAUCCAAUGUUGGCUACAGGUAAUAGUGCUACAUUGGCAUUAAGGAUUUUAAAGAAUUAAGGAGUUAAAUAAGAAAAUGUCACAUUUUUAACUUUAGUAAGUUGUGAAUAGGGAAUAGAUAAAUUGUUUAGAGAAUUUCCAAAAAUUAAAAUAAUUACUGCAUAAGUUGAUCCAAUAUUAUUAAAAGAUUUUAAUUAUUUAGCACCUGGUAUUGGAAAUUUUGGAGAUAGAUAUUUUGGAACAAUCAAAAAAAGUCAAUAAUCUGUAUAGCAAUAAUGAUAGGAA